AGCAGUUGUGUCAGGAUCAUCAUCUUAGUGCCGUGCCUCUUUUCUGUGUCGGGAUCUCUCUAGUUUUCGUGGAGAUUUGUCUUGAAAAUUUAAUACCUCUAACAGCCGCCUGUCGAUAAAAAUCGAUCAAACUCAGGUAGUCAGGUGCUGUGAAAUCCUGGCCAGUUUCGUGUUGGCUUGUUUUCUGCUAGUGCUAUACAUAUACAGCGAAUGGCGGCUGUCAAAUGCUGGGAAGCUGUCUUGGGUGAAAUAGUUUUGGAGUUCCUUGUGAAUUUUGCAAAAAUCCAUUCCUUCAGUUGAGAGAUUCUCAGAUAGGAGGGGACCUGCAAUCUAUGGUUUCCAGUUUAUACCUGGUGAUAGGAACUACUUUUAUGACAUCCGGAAAAGAAACCAUGGGGGAACAGCCGAUUUUCACGUGCAAAGCGCACGUGUUUCAUAUUGAUCCAAAGACAAAAAGAUCAUGGGUGUCCGCAUCCACAGCAGCAGUUUCUGUUUCAUUUUUUUAUGAUUCGACCAGAAGUUUGUACAGAAUCAUAUCUGUAGAUGGCACAAAGGCAGUAAUUAACAGUACUGUUACACCCAACAUGGCAUUUACCAAAACUUCCCAAAAAUUUGGCCAAUGGUCAGAUGCAAGAGCAAACACUGUUUACGGUUUGGGUUUUUCGUCCGAAGCUGAAUUAGCAAAAUUCAUUGAAAAGUUUCACGAAGUUAAGGAAGCCACGAAACUGGCCGGAAGUAAACUCCAGUCGAAUAGCUCGUCCGUUACACCGGCUACUAGUGCCAACGUUAGUCCAAUUACAUCUCGAUCCGGCAUGACUUCCGCAGACCAAGAUUUGAUUGACCCACCGAAUUCCUCAAUGAUGAAUUCCAAUAUGUCGGCUUCAAAUAAUCAAAACUCGAAUACCAACAUGAUUUCCGGUCAGAAUAGCGUGUCUUCCAUCAGCAGUAGUCCACUUCCUGGAGGCAUUUGUCAAAUCAACAAUGAGGAACUUAAAAAUGCAAUUCACUCGAGAUCGCAAAGUAUUUCUCAGCAGAGCACAGAGAGUCCUCAGCAUCAGGGAAAAUCCCAGCACUGUUCAUCUCAAAGUAACCAGUCGAGCGAAAUGCAACUCAAGUAUGAAAAUGAUAGGUUGAAACUUGCACUUGCACAGAGUUCUGCUAACGCUAAAAAAUGGGAGGUCGAGUUGACUACACUAAAAACGAAUAAUGCUAGAUUGACUAGUGCUCUUCAAGAAUCGACAGCUAAUGUCGACGAGUGGAAGAGGCAGUUACAGCUUUACAAGGAGGAAAAUGCCCGAGUGAAGGCAAAAUACGCGGAUCUUGAAGCUGGCAAGAUUGCAGAAGGCAAUGUCGAAGCUCUAAGGUUACGAGUCGAAGCCUUAGAAAAUGAACUCAGAACCAGAAACGAUGAAAUCAAAGCGCUCACUAUGGCAACCAAAACCAAAGACUAUAUGGGUUUGCAGAAGGAAAAUGCAGAACUUCGCGACAUGUUAAAUGUAGUCCAUGAACAGUUGGAGCUUGCACUUGGUGCAAAUAAAGUUCAAAAACAAAACUUGGACACACUAAAUUCGAGAUUAGCUGGACACAUUCAGGACUUAGUCACGGUACAUCGAGAAAUUUCAAAUACGUUACAAACCUAAGAAGCUUUUUAGGUGACGUUUUAUAUCGACCAUUAGAUUAAAAUGUGCGAAUCGACUAUAUUAUUUCUACAAAGGGUUGUGUAGUAGAUGACCAGGUAAUCCUACAUCACUAAAGAUUACUCUUCUUGGUCCUUACUUUUUUCAACUUUCAGAUUGUUUUUUUUAACGGAUAGUUUUUGCAGUUUUGCCUGUGUUGGGUGUUUCAUUACUUUAUGAAAUUUGUAUUUUCUUAAGUGAAAAUUUGUUCUAAAAUUGCAACAAUUAGGUUUUUAAGAAGCCAAUUUUCUAAGACACUAAGUGCUCGCCUUUUGUCUUUUUUGCAACUUUGAAGUAUCUCCUAUUAAUGGAAAUUUUAGGUCGUAAAUCUGAAGUACCAACUGCAUCAGUUCUUAUUUUGAUUCGGAAUAGUUGAACAUAUCAUAACGGUUCCAUUUUGCACAGCAACAUCUAAUGUGUUCAGUAUACUGAGUUUAAAAUAUCGAUACAGGAUACAAUCUAAAAGAAAACGAUGCACAAUGAUAGUACCAAUCAGCUCCCUGGAACUAUGAGUUGAAAAUGUAUAAUGUGUUGACGGUGGCCGUGUGGCGGCGCCACCUAUGUAGUUGGCCUAUGAUCGUUGCAAAUGCAUGUGAAAAUAAAAAUAUUGGAUUUAAUAACACAAUAGAAAGUAAUUUACUGACAGUUUUAAAUAAUCUUUGAGUGUUUUGAAUGAUGUUUGCGACAUUAUCCAUUUUUUAAGCGAAAGAAAACUUUUAAAAAACUGCUUUUAAAUCAAAUAUCCGCAGUGUUGAAAUUUGAAAUAAAAAUGGUGAAGUGCGUUUGUUUUGAUUGUCAAUCGGGAUAAAAAAGUAAUUGGGAGCUGGAAAAAGUUAACAAAAUUAAAUUUUUCAAAGCACCAAUUAAUCCAAAUAUUGUUCAAGAAUGUCAAAUGCUAUUUUAAGGGAUGAUAUCAGACUGAAGUGUUGUGGCAAAAAUGUUACAUAUAAA